AUGUCAAACCCAAGAUCCAAAAUCAUUUAUGAUGCUGCUAUGGAUGUUUUGCAUCCAGGAUCGAGACUGAAUGCGAAUAAAGCUUCGCAUGAUCCGAUUUCGUUUCAAUUAAGUUAUUCCAUCAGAGACAAUGUUGUUACAUUUAAAUUUGACAGACCUCUGUUUGCCGCUAUACCAUCAGGUGAAGGAAAGACAACAUUGCAAUCACAAAACUCAUCACUGUUUGCCGAUUGGGAACAAUUAUUAGACAGUCAACAAUGGGCCGAGUUUCAACGCUUAUUACCGGAUAAGAAGUGGGAUGAAAUCAAUAAUAUUUUCAGUCUGAUUCAGAUCCCAACUGUCAAUCCUAACCGCAUCUACCUUGUCCAUGGCUUCUCACAUGUUCCAUUGCAUCUGAAGCAAAACUAUUUAGGUGCAUUUUUAUUGGACAGAGGUACAAAUAUUCGUGAAAAUGUUGGCAAUCGCAAAACAUUAAUGAAAGAACCUCUGAUAUUUUUCCGCCCUACAUUUUCUGCGCGUAAUGAAGCAAUCGUUGAACGUGCCUUACUGUUCUUAAAUGAUAUACAACAUUGA